AUGAGGGCAGCAAUCAGGGCGGUGUUUUCGGAAGCCACACAUAGGCUGUGUGCUUGGCAUGUGGAGAAGAACGUGAUUUCGAAUUUGAAGGAUGAAGGCAUAAGACAACUUUUCACUAGGUGGCUGUACUCAAAUAUAGAGAUAGAAGAGUUUGAGGCAGAGUGGGACGCAGCUAUUGUUGAAUACCGACUUCAUGAUAGUUUUUGGGCAAAGGAAACCUAUGAUAAGCAGAACAUGUGGGCAAAUGCGUACUUAAGAGACAAAUUUCGUGCCGGGUUCCGCACUACUUCUCGAUGUAAAGGGAUUAAUAUGAAUAUCAAAAAGUUUCUUAAUACAAGGCACAAUCUUCUUGAGUUGGUGCAGAAUGUUGAGUUGAUGGUACGAGAGUAUCGGAAUAACGAGUUAGAGGACCACUUCAAGUCCAUUCACGGCAACCCAGUGAUCACGACUUGCUUGGACCCACUCAAGCGGUUUGCUGCCGAUGUUUACACACGAGAGUUAUUCUUGUACGUGAGGAGGGAAAUUGUAGGUGUCAGUGCAGUUAACUUUGUCGUAAAGGUUCGCCGAUCCACAACUAUGGUGUACACAGUUGAAGACUAUGGCAUUCCGGGUAGGCCACUAACAUUACUGUAUGAUAGGCAUGAGCAUGCGAGGGAAAUUCCAUCAAGGUUGGUGCUGAAUAGGUGGUGUAAUGAUGUUAAAUCAUUGGAUAACUACGGUGAAGGAAGAGCUGAUGAGUGCAGUGAGUGGGGAUUUCUAUUACGUCAGGGUGCAUUACACACUACAUCGCAGUGGUUUUCGUUCGUAACUGCACAUAGCCUGGGUUUGAUUAACACAGCGAUGAGUGGCAUACGAACUUUAUGCGAACAAAUCGAGGCUGUAUGUGAUCAAAAGGGUCCGUUGGCAAAGGGAAGAGAUACUCCCAGUGUGAAGGAUGCCGUGGUGGUUAAGACCAAAGGGGCUCCGCGAAUUAAGAAAAUGAGUGGUAGAAAGAGGCGCUGUAGCAUGUGUCGGAAAGCAGGACACACCUACACUGCACCGGAAAGCGGGGGGUGA